AUGUUAAAAUAUUAUCCAGAAAAAUAUGAGAGUAAUGCAAAAGAAUAUGAUUACAUUGAAAGAAAAAAAAAAAAACUGAAAAAGUUAAAUACACCUUAUACUAAGCAACCUAAUGAUUUAAGAACAUGUUUAUAUAAUGCUUGUAUUAAUUUUUCAUAUACUGAUAUUUAUCAAGAAUAUAUAAGAAGAUUUAACCUUAAUUCAUAUAACAAUUGUGAUUAUGAUCAAAUAAGAAGAAAUUCUUUUAUAUCUAAAGAGGAAUUUUUAAAAUAUUACAACUUCAAUUACUAUAAUAAAAACUUUGAAUUAGAAUCAGAAGUAGCUUAUGAUGAAGAAUUUUCUGAAGAUUCAGAUGGAGACAGUGGCAUAGAAGAAAUAGGAAACUAUAUGAUAAAAAAAUAUAAAAAUAAAACAAAAAAUAAAAUAAAAAAUAUAUUAUUAUUGAAAAGAGAAUAUAAAAAUGUAAGUUCAAUUGAAAAAAUAGAAGAGGACAAAAAAUCAAUAGAAAAAUGGAGCAAUAAAGAAAUAGAAUCAAAAAAGGAAUAUAAUGAUUUCCUUUCAAAAUCUUAUACUUCUAAAAUGUUAUCAAUAAUUAGCCAUGAAAACCUCAGUAAUAGUUCUGAUGAAUUAUUAAGAACAAAUAAAAAGAAGAAAAAUAUUUUCUAUACUGAGAAUUAUGUAAGAAAAAAUUUUUUUUUGAAUUUAUUCAAAGAUUCAGAAGAAUCUUCUUUUGCUUCUAAUUUUAAUUUUCCCUUUUUAAAUUGUAACGAUAUUAAUAAAAGAAAAAUAAAAAAUUCAGGAAACGAAGAUUAUUUUUACAUGUUAAAUAAUUUGAUAGAAGCUCAGAACGAUCCAUUUUUUGAAAAGUAUCAUAAGGAUAUUAAUAAAAUAUUAGCAAACAAAAACUUAAUUAUUUCAAAGAAAGAAAAAGUAAAAUACGAGGAAGAAAUACAUGGACAAAUAAAAAAUCAAGGUGAAAAAAAAAAGGUAAAAAAUAACUUAAGAUUAACAAGUGAUAAAAAUAAAAGAGAAGAAAAAAAGGAUGAACAAUUAAAAAUAAAAGAAAAAAGUGAAAAAAUAAAAGAUGAAAGAUUGCAAAGUAAGGAACAAAAGAGUGAACAAUUAAAAAGUAAAGAAAGAAAAGGUGAAAGAUUAAGAAGUAAAGAGCAUAAGAGUGAACAAUUAAAAAGUAAAGAAAGAAAAGGUGAAAGAUUAAGAAGUAAAGAGCAAAAGAUUGAACAAUUAAAAAAUAAAGAAAGAAAAGGUGAAAGAUUAAAAAGUAAAGAGCAAAAGAUUGAACAGUUAAAAAAUAAAGAAAGAAAAGGUGAACCAAGAAAAGACAAAAUUUUAAAAAUUGAAGAUAAAAAGGAUAAUAUACACAUAAAGGAAGAAGAAAAAUGUGAAAGGCUAGCAAAUGAAGAAAUUAAUACAUAUUAUGAUGAUACAAUGAAUAAAAAACAAAUGAAGGAAUCAAAGAUUUUAAAACAUGAUACAUAUAAAAGCAUAGAACCUCUAACUCCUGAAAACAUGCAUAUAUAUUUAAAAAAAAUUUUUAAAAAUGAAAAUAUAAAUUUUAAUCAAAAGAGGAUUAAUAAAAGAGACAGAUGGAAUUCCUUAUCUCAAUUUAUUUGUGCAUGUAUAGGUGCAUCUUUGAGUGUUCAUUGUUAUUUAGAUAUGCCAGAACUAAAAUCCGAAUCUGACAUUAUUAUAAUUUCUCUACUUUUUUUAUUUUGCUAUUUAUUUAUUGGGUGGCCAUUACUUCAAUUAGAAUUUGCUUUAGGUCAAAUAUCACAAAGUUGCAUAGUAAACAGCUUAAGUUUUUUAAAAAAGACAUUUAGGGGUAUUGGUCUUAUUUCUUUAAUAAUAUCAUUUUACAUUUUAUCAAAAAAUAUUAAUAAUAGUGUUGAUACAUUCAUAAUUGUUACAAAUACAUUUUGGAAUCCUUUACCAUGGAAUUUAAAAGAAUGUGAAAAAAUAAAUGAUAAAAUGAAAUGCAUUAAUAAUAAUAAAUGUAAGUGGGUAACUAAUAAUGAUAUUGAUAAUAAAAUUAAUAAUUUAUUUAAUGAAAAUAAAAAUUCAAGUGCGAAUAUGAAAAAUUCAAAUAAAAGAGAAAUAAGUAAUAAUAACACUUUUAUAAAUGAUAAUGAAAAUAUUGAUAAUAAAGAAGUUUGUGCAUCUAUUGGAGUUUUAGAAGUGAUAAAUUUUUUUUCUGAAAAAGUAAAAUUUUUAUGGAAAUUUGGGUCCCUAUUUUUUAUUAUAUUAAUAAUAUAUUUUUUAUUAAGAAUAGAAGAUAUGUCAUUAAACCAAAGCUUACAUUAUUCCUUUUUAUUUUUUUUUAUGGUUAUUUUAUUUCAAAUAUUUAUAUUAUAUUACGAAUUACAGCCGAAAAUUAUGAAGAAUAUAUUCAUUAAAUAUAACCAAAACAUCUUGUUUAAUAAAGAUUUUUUUCUUUACAUUAACUCUCCUUUAAUAGCAAAAAUAAUUACAAUUGUAUUAAUUUCUAUUAAUUGUUCAACUGGACUGAAUUAUAUGUUUUCGUCUUAUACGAAUAUAGGAGAAAAUAUAAUUUUUCCUUCUUUUUAUGUUAUUUUAGGUUCAUUUAUAGGAAUAUUAAUGUAUUUAGUGUAUUAUUACUUAUGUAUUCAAAGCAUAAGUAAUUAUCCCUUUAUUUAUGAUAAAAUAGCACUAAACAUCUUAUUGGAUAAUUUUAAAACAAUGACUAUCAAUUAUUCUUCUAUUCAGGAAUUUUUAAAAAAGAAGAAUUCAAUAAAUCAUUACAUCAUUUAUGUAGUAGCACUAUCAAGGAUAAAGUUUCCAAAUAUUAUGAGUUUUAUAUUUUUUCUUUCUUGUAUUUUGGUCAUUAUUACUUCUUCUGCUAUAUAUUUAAAAGGAGUAAUAUUAAUAUUAAAAGAAAGUAGAAAAUUUAAAAUUCUAAAGAAAAAAACAAUUACCCUAUUUAUAAUCACUCUAUAUUUAUUUAUAGGAAUUUUCAAUUUAUUCAAUUUUGGACAUAACAUCAUUUUGUUGAUAAAUUUCGUUACAUCAAACUAUAUUUAUUUAUUUACUGCUAUUCUUCAAAUUAUUUGUAUAACAUGGGUAUAUGGUUGUACACAUGUAGGAAAAAUAAUAAAUCAUAAAAAAUUAUAUUUUUAUUUUUCUCUAAAUUUUUUUAUUACAAUUUCAAUUAUACCUAUGAUACUAUAUUUUUAUAAGCAUGUUGUUCAAAACAUUUUUUUUAUAUUAUUAUUGUUUUUGUUUCUGUUUAUAGUAUUCAUUUCGAUUAAUGUAAUUUUAUUGUAUUUAAUUAAAGGGGAUAUUGUGUUAAAAGAAAAAAUGUAUUUUUUAUAUAUAUUUAACAUUGAUUUAUUAAGGAGAAAGUUAAAUAAUAUAAUAUAUGGAAAGAGAAGGACCUACGAUUUAAAGAUAAAAAAAUUUAAGUGUGUCUUAUUUAGGAAAUUUACAUUAACAUGGUGUUAUAUAGUGAAGUAUUUUAUUCCUUUUAUUUUAAUUUUUAUAUUUUUAACUAACAUUUUAUAUUAUAUUCAUUUCUUUAUAUCCAUCAGAAAUCAUGGAAGCAGAGACCCUUCUUAUUAUAAAUCUCUUAAUAAAGCAAAUGGGCAUUCAUAUUUAAGAAAAACUAUUAAUAAAAAUGGGUAUACGAAGGAUAAAUGGGGAAGAGCAAUAGGAUUUAAUAGUGUAGAUGACACUUAUAACAAUGAUAAUUAUAAUUAUAAUACUUUUCGUUUAUACAAUAAUAUCAAGGAUAAUAUUGGUAGUACCAAUUAUAAUAAUUUGAAUAAUGAUGAAAAUGGAAUACAUGCUCAACUAGGAACAAGGAAUGAAAAUAAAGAUAUUAACAUACAAAAAAAUGAAUCUCCAUAUUUAUUUAGUUUAUAUAUAUUUUUUUUUAUAACAGUAAUAUUAUUAUUGUUCGUUGCAGUUAUUGCAUUAAUCUCUUUUAUACAACCAAGUAGAUUGAGAAUUUUUAUUUAUCCUCCAACUUACAUGUGGAAUAUUAAUGAUGUUCAUUAUAAAAAAAAAAAUCCUAUGAAUUUUUUAUAUACAAGAUAUAUAUUCUUUUUUGAAGAAAUUUUUCCUAUUGAAAAAAUUAUGCCUUUUUAUAUAUGGAAUCAUAUUAAGAAACAUAUAAAAAAGGAAAGCUUCACAAAUUCUCUACAAGAAGAUAAUGAAGAUAAUGAAACCAUUUAUGACAAGAAAUUUACUUAUAUGAGUAAAUUUGAUUAUGAGAAUUACAUUUUUAGAUUAAUUGACCACGGUUCAAAACUUUAUGAUUUAAAUGAAAUGAAAAACUAUAAUUUAUAA